UCUAAUUGUGGUGGUGAUUGUAUUUAAGAUGUUGUGGCAUCUCAUUGCUCUGUCUACCUUCGUGGUAACUGUUUAUGGCCAUGGAAGAGUCCUACAACCCCCAGGCAGGGCUACUAUGUGGAGAAUGGGAUUUAAAACCCCAGCUAAUUAUGAUGAUACAGGCUUGAACUGCGGUGGCUUUGAUAGACAGUAUUCAGUCAAUGAUGGAAAAUGCGGAAUCUGCGGCGACGCCUACGACAUGGACCUACCACGACCUCAUGAAAUCGGCGGAACCUACGGCAAAGGUGUAAUCGUCGGCAAAUACGAAUCAGGACAAAUAAUAGAGACCAUUGUAGAGAUUACCGCAUUCCACAAAGGCUACUGGUACUUCAAACUUUGCCCCAAUCCAGAAAUCGAGUUCGACCAGGAAUGUUUCGAUAAAUAUCCUCUGGAGUUAGAGGACGGUGGUCUGUUUUAUUACCCCCCGAAAGGUGGUACCUAUACUGCGAGAUACAGACUCCCUGAUGGGGUAUCUUGUGCUCACUGUACUCUACAAUGGAGAUAUGUGGCGGGGAACAAUUGGGGAGUCUUCAGUAAUGGAACUCAGUGUAUUGGUUGUGGGAACCAGGAGACAUUUGGAGCUUGUUCUGAUAUAAGUAUUGCGCCAUUGAAAUAUAUAAUCCCUGAAGGUGGACCUUUGGAAGUAGAUGUGGCGAGUGAUAACUAAGCGAUAAUGAGAAUAUAAGAGAAGAUAAUGUCAGAUCUAAACAGAGUAAGGUGUCUGCUAGUUUUAGACGAAGUUCCCAAUUUUCAUUAAAAUAUUGGUCUUCGAAAAGAGGCCACAGAACAAAAUACCUGUACAUUAUUAUACAUUACGAUAAUUU